UUGACUUGUAUUGACAAUAAUAUUGUCUCGUGUAAAGCGGACACAAAUAUUUUUGAGAGUAAAUGUGUAAAUUAAGUAGUUAUUAACAGAAGGAAGAGAGAGUAAGCAAAUAGAAACUCUCAUUGAUUUAUGUGACCUUAUGAAAUAUUCACGUCGAUAUGUUGACAUUUAUUCAAGUUUUCUGAAAGACGAUAGAUUUUUUAUUAUGAUAAGUACUUGCUUAGAAUUUGAUAAGUAAUCUCUAAGUGUACCAUAUCCAUCGAUUCAAUUAGGCUCUAAUAUAAGAUAGUUAUGGCAUAUCAAACGUUGCGGCAGGAAUACUUCCAGAUACCUGUGGUAACUAGAGCAUAUACAACAGCCUGUAUAAUCACAACACUAUCUGUACAUUUGGAAAUUGUUACACCAUUUCAGCUUUACUUCAAUCCAACGCUUAUUCUUAAACACUACCAACUAUGGCGACUUGUAACGACGUUUCUCUUUUUCGGAACUUUUGGUUUCAAUUUCCUGUUCAACAUGAUAUUCACGUACAGGUAUUGUCGAAUGUUAGAGGAAGGAUCCUUUCGUGGAAGGAGUGCUGAUUUCAUCAUGAUGUUCUUGUUUGGAGGAAUCGUUAUGAUCAUAUUUGCAUUUUUUGUAAAUUUAUUGUUUUUAGGACAAGCUUUCACUAUAAUGUUAGUGUACGUGUGGUCUCGAAGAAAUCCCUUCGUUAGAAUGAACUUUUUCGGGAUAUUGAAUUUCCAGGCUCCUUACUUACCAUGGGUUUUGCUAGGAUUCUCUGUACUUAUUGGUAACACUAUAUGGGUGGACCUGAUGGGUAUAGUUGUUGGGCACAUAUACUACUUCUUGGAAGAUGUGUUUCCGGACCAAAUCAACAGCUUUCAUGUGCUAAGAACACCUCAGUUUUUGAAAAAUAUUUUUGAUGAACCAUUCGAGGAUAUAGACUAUACAGCACUGCCAGAAGAUCGACCUGGUGGUUUCAACUGGGGAAGAGAAGAGCAAAAUGAUGCACAAAUUGAUGAACGACGAGACAAUAUAUGAUUCUUCGUCCAAUGCAUCUACUUACAGACAUAGACAACAUUUACAGACACAAAUCUACAAAUAACCAGAGGAACAUGCCACUUGAGCCAAU